AUGGUAGUGGAUACGACAUAUUAUGAUAUUUUGCAAGUAGAGCCAACUGCCGACGAAGCGGAGUUACGAAAAGCGUAUAGAAAGCAAGCUAUCAAAUUACAUCCUGAUAAGAAUGGGAAUGAUCCACGAGCAGCGGAAAAGUUUCAAGAUUUAGGUGAAGCGUAUGGGGUUUUGUCUAAUCCAGAUAGUAGAAAGAUUUAUGACCAGUACGGUGUUGAAGGCAUGAAGAAUCAUGCUGAACAAGCAGCUGCAAAUAUUGAUCCUAGUGAGUUUUUUGAAACGGUGUUUGGCGGAGUAGCAUUUAGAGACUGGAUUGGGAAAUUGGGGUUGAUGGACGAUUUGACUAAAUCUGCCGAAGUAUUAAAUUUGGAUGAGGAGGAGGAGGAGGAGGAGCAAGAGAAAGAGAAAGAGAGAGAGAGAGAGAGACAGCAUCAGCAGGCUACAUCUGCUGGCCACCACCACCAUCAACACCACAAUAGUCAUGGCUUUUUCAAUCAUUCUUCUAACGACGACUUCAAAGAGACUUCAAAUUCCAAUGGCUCUUUAAGUUCGAAUUUUGACUCGUUGACGCUAGCUGAUUCAACUAAAGGAAAUUCAAACAGCUUGCAUGCGAGAAAAGAGUCCACCAUCUCAUCACAAGAUUUGAAAAAGAAAAGGAAACAAAAAAUGACCAAAGAGCAGCGUGAAGAGAUUUUAAGAAUACAUGAAGAAGGAAGACAAGCUAAACUUAAACGGAUUGAAGAAUUAUCUCAGAAUCUUAUAAUUAGGAUUGAUGAUUACAGAGCAGCAUCUACCAAUCCAGAAGGAUUGAAACACUUUACUCGAAAAUUGAGAGAAGAAUUUGAUGAUAUGAAGGUGGAAAGCUUUGGUAUUCAAUUGUUACACCUUAUCGGUAAGAUCUAUACAAAUCAAGCUAAAGCGACAAUACAAGCAUCAAAGACUUUUGGUGUGAGCAAAUUAUACACCUCAGUAAAGUCUUCAAGCGAAACUGUAAAGAAUGGAUAUAGCAUCAUCAAAACAGCUCUUGAUGCCCAAGAAACUAUGGAGAAAGUCAUGGUUGAACAAGAAACAUUCCAGCUGAAACUCGAGCAUGGUUAUGAACCAACACAGAUUGAGAUUUCUCAACAAGCAGAAAGAGAAAGAUUUGUUACUGGGAAAUUCUUGGCUACUGGGUGGUCUUUGGUUAAGUUUGAGGUUACUAGUGUACUAAAUAAGGUUUGUCAAAAUGUCUUGCAUAGUAAAAAAUUGGGCAAGAAAGAAAGAGUUGCUAGAGCCAAUGCUUUGUUAUAUAUCGGAAAGGAAAUGUUGAGCAUUGAGAGAUCUCCAGAGGAAGACGAUGAUGCUAGAAUCUUUGAGGAGAUGAUGGCUGACGCUAAGAUUAAAAAGGAUAAGAAACGUGAAGGGAAACACCAUCUUUUUUGA